AUGGCGACUACUGCUGUCGCUCCGGCGCAACGGAAGCGCAUUCUCAAAGUCCUGUUCAUCUCUCUACUGUUAGACCUGAUAUCCUUUACGUUCAUUCUGCCGCUGUUCCCGUCUCUGCUCACUUUCUACCUCCAACGAGAUCAAUCGCCGAAUUCGGUGCUCAACCGCAUACUCCAUUAUCUUAAUGCCUAUAAAAAUUCAUUUGCAAGGCCUAUUGACUCCAAAUAUGAUGUCGUUCUUUUGGGAGGCGCGCUUGGGUCCCUAUUCUCAUUUCUCCAGGCCAUGGCAGCACCGUUUAUUGGGAAAAUAUCCGAUAGAAAAGGGCGCCGGACAGCUCUUCUCUGGUCCAUGAUGGGCAAUAUCGCUAGUGUUGCCUUAUGGGUUGCUGCUACAGAUUUCAGAACGUUUCUCGGGAGCAGAAUUGUUGGUGGCUUGAGCGAAGGAAACGUACAGAUCGCGAAUGCGAUUGCCACGGAUAUCAGCGACGAGAGCCAGAGAGGAGGAACCAUGGCUCUGGUUGGGGCGUGCUUUAGCAUUGCCUUCACCUUCGGGCCUGCCAUUGGAGCUGCACUCUCUAACGUGACGGGGGUAGCGGAGAACCCUUUUGCCGUUGCAGCAGGCUGCUCGCUAUUGUUGAUUUUGACGGAGACAGUUUACAUCUACUUCUAUCUACCGGAAACACACCCGCGAUAUUCAAACCUUACCGAGAAAAAGAUAUCUCCUGAAACCUCGACAAAACAAUCAAAAGAUAAUACCAAUACCUCAGCAAGUCCUGCCGCGAAAAAGUAUGCCAACAACCCAUAUUUGCUCAACAUCACACAUUUCCUAUUCCUCCUACCCUUCUCGGGCCUCGAGUUCUCUCUACCAUUCCUUACCGCAACGCUUUAUUCCCAAAUAUCACCGUCACACUCGACAGCAAGCCCAUCAGCCCUGAACGGCCGGCUUCUCUCCGCCAUGGGCCUCCUAUCCUCCAUACUCCAAGGCUCCAUAAUUCGCCGCCUCCCACCUCUUCUUACCAUUCGCAUCGGUGUUUUAGCAUGCACCUUUUCUUUCUUUUUCCUAGCUCGUAUCUCCUCUUUGACUGGCCUCUACGCUGCCGGUUGCCUGCUUGCUGUAACAAGCGCCACUGUAGUCACGGGGCUGAACAGUCUGGGGAGUCUCGAAGCUGCAGAGGGUGAGAGGGGCGUGUUUCUAGGCCGCUUGCGAAGCUGGGGCCAGGCAGGCAGAGCAACAGGUCCAAUUCUUUUCUGCACCCUCUUCUGGUGGGGCGGACGAGAAAUUGCCUACAAUGUUGGUGCCGCCGCUAUGAUGGGUGUUUGCGCCAUUGUCUUUGGUGCUUUGAAAUCCCCAGCCAGAUCAAAAAUAGCGGCAGGCAAAUAA